CAAAAUCUUAAUUCAAAUUUAUUUUAAACCAACUCAAAAAAAAGCCGCUGGGAGGCUGGGAGCUUCAAUAAUCAUUAAUCAAUCGCCAUUAGUGGGCGGGAAUAAGUGCAGCUCGUUUUCAAAAUCAGAACCCAGAAACCAAACAAAUUGAGUACACAUAUUUUGAAUAUAAAGAAAAAGCUGAAGAAAGUGGAAAAUUUUCAGAGGCUCUUGAUUGAUCUUGUUCAGGACUUGGUAUCCACAAAACAAGCACAUGCUUCUCCCUUUAUAAUAUCUUCUGGGUACCCAAAAAGAUUUGUGCAGCCUUAUUUUAUUCAGCUUCUUCUUCAGGCUGUAAUCUUAAAUCUCAAGUCUUCAGCUUUCGUCUUCGUUUUAUUUGUUGCUGGCUUUCCAACUAAUCUCUGGGUUGGUGUGGUCUCCAGUCGAAGAGUGUUCGAUGUGGUGUUCAGCUACAAAGCCUCCAUCUUCAGAGCGAAAACAUGGACAGUCUGUGAUGUGCUAGUUGGGGAGCUGGAAUAAAACAUUAGAUGGACCGGAAGUGGUUGUGGAAGAAGAAGUCUUCGGAGAAGAGCUCCGGCGGCGAAACUGAAAGUUCUGGUUCGGUGUCUUCUCAUUCUGAGAGGUGCUCUGACGAACAGCAGGAGGCACUUAAGGAUUCUCCAAAUCAUGAUUCUCAAUCACCUGAAGUCACAUCAAAAGCUGUAUCCAGUGGUCAUGAUGUUAAUGAUAGUCUGAAGAGUCUGACAGAGAGAUUAUCAGCUGCUCUCGUGAAUGUUAGUGCCAAAGAAGACUUGGUGAAACAGCAUUCCAAAGUUGCUGAAGAAGCUGUUGCAGGCUGGGAAAAGGCUGAAAAUGAGUUGGCUAGCUUAAAACUACAACUUGAAGCUGCAGUUAAGCAAAAAUCAGCUUUGGAAGAUCGGGUAAGCCAUCUUGAUGGAGCCCUCAAGGAAUGUGUUAGGCAGCUUAGACAAUCAAGAGAGGAGCAAGAGAAAAAUAUACAUGAAGCUGUGGUGGAGAAAACCCGUGACUGGGAGGCCACCAAAGUGAAGCUUGAAAAUCAGAUUACUGAUCUCCAGACAAAAGCAGAAACUAAUAGAUCUGGAGCUUCUGCUUUUGUUGAUCCUCAUCUUUCACAUAAGCUUGAAGCUUUGGAAAGGGAAAACAAAGCCCUUAAGCUUGAGCUACUGUCUCAGGCAGAGGAGUUGGAAAUCAGCACAAUUGAGAGGGAUUUGAGUACUCAAGCAGCUGAAACAGCCAGUAAGCAACAUUUAGAGAGUAUAAAGAAGGUUGCAAAGCUUGAAGCUGAGUGCCGGAGGCUAAAAGCUGUGGCUUGCAAAGUUCCUUUGGUUAAUGAUCAUAAAUCCAGUGCUGCUUCCUCAAUGUAUGUGGACUCUUGCAUGGAUAGUCAAUCGGACAGUGGAGAGAGGCUAAGCAUGAUGGAUAUUGACUCCCAAAAGAUGAAUGGCUCAGAUCCAAAUAAGCGUGAUCUGGGCGUCUCUGACUCAUGGGCGUUGGCCCUGGUUGCAGAGCUUGAUCAAUUUAAGAACGAAAAAGCAGUCAACAAAAAUUUGCCAGUCUCUUCUGUUGACAUUGAUCUCAUGGAUGAUUUUCUUGAGAUGGAACGACUUGCUGCAUUGCCACAGCCUGAAAGUGAAACUGGUUGCCUGGAAUCAGAAGCCAUAGUUAAUGCUUCCAACAAUGAUGAAAUUGCCUUGAGAGAUGAACUUGAAGCUAUGAGUCAUCGGACAGCAGAAUUGGAGUACAAGUUAGAAAAGUUGGAAGAAGAGAGAGCUGAAUUACAAGCCAUGAGUUAUCGGACAGCUGAAUUGGAGUACAAGUUAGAGAAGCUGGAAGUAGAGAAAGCUGAACUUGAAACCACAAGUCAUCAGACGGCUGAUUUGGAGGACAAGUUAGAGAAGUUGGAAUUAGAAAAAGCAGAACUAGUAGCCAUGAGUUAUCGGGCAGCCGAAUUGGAGGAGAAGUUAGAAAAGUUGGAAGGUGAGAAAGAAAAGUUGGAAGUAGAAAAAGCACAACUAGAAUGCAUGAGUUAUCGGGCAGCCGAAUUGGAGGAGAAGUUAGAAAAGUUGGAAGGGGAGAAGGAAAAGUUGGAAGUAGAAAAAGCUGAAUUGGAAACUGCUUUAGCCAAAAGUAAAGAAUGUUACGUGGCGUCAGAAUUUCAGCUUAAAGAAGCAGAAAUGAUGUUGGAGGAGUUACAGAAGGAACUAAAAAUUGCAAAAGAGUCAAAGCUGAGUAUAGAGUCUCAGCUCAUUAGCAUAGAAGCAGAGACUCGGACAAUGUCUGCUAAGGUUAACUCCUUAGAAGCAGAGGUUCAAAGGGAGAGGGCUUCAUCAGCGAAAAUUUCUGUCAGAUGUCAAAAUUUAGAGGAGGAGCUAUCAAGAAAGAAUGAAGAAGUCGAGUUUCAGAAAACUGCUUGCUCAAAUAGUGAAUCAAAGAUAAAGCAGGAAGACAUAGCUGUAGCUGCUGGAAAACUUGCUGAGUGCCAGAAAACAAUAGCAUCUCUUGGGAAUCAACUGAAAUCACUAGCGACACUAGAAGAUUUCCUAAUUGACACCGCAAACAUACCUGAGUUUUCUGCUGCUGCUUCACGGAUUCCUAGAUCUGAUGAACACUGGAAGAUGCAUUCCAAUGGGACAUUUUCACCUAAAAGAGAUUCUGUGUCAAAACAAGCUGUUGAGAGUUCUGGACUUGCAAUAAAUAGGAAUGAGGAUAAUUCUCCACCAUCUUCAUCUUCGUCGUCCUCCUCUACUGUAGUGUCAACUCAUGUCAGCUCUGAGAAGAACCGAAAUGGGUUUGCAAAGUUUUUCUCUCGGACAAAGAGUGGGAUACGACUAGAAAUUUAGCUUAGAUUAUAUUUUUUGUACAAUAGAACAAGAGGUGUCAUUGAUUUCUGGGUUUGUAUAACGGAGGAUUGAGUGCUUCAGUUCAUUUGAGGAGUUGCUAAUUAAAUGCUGAUUAAUUGGCACAUUUGUUCUUCAAGAGAAGGGUGAUUGAUCAAACUUGGAAUGAAAGAGUUACUAUUUCUUGAAGAGCAAAUGUGCCAAAAAAAAAAAAAAAAAAUUUCGCUACCCCACCUUUGUCAAGUGGGGUUCCACCCCCACCUCGUUAAGUGGGGGUUGCCCUUCUUCUGAAGAGAAGGACCUGUUGUUCAACGCUUUUGUGAUGCUACCCACCUUUAUCAAGUGGGGGUGCCCUUCUAACCCAAAGGGCUUAAGGGCAUCAUCACCAAAGUGAAGAAACCAAAUCCACAACUCAAUCAUUGUGAAGAAUGCCAUGUUUGGGCAACAAGAACAUUGUUGUAAAUGCUUAUAAAUAUUAACAUAAUACAACUAUUUUCCAAUGUGGGAUUCUAUUUAACAAUA